AGAUGGGAGGGUCAGGUGAGUGAGGGAGCAGGGCUGACAGUGGGCACACCCCAAACCCCCUCCCAGAAACGUCCAAAGGCCCCAGCCCGGAAAGUGGGCCUCUGCUGCCCUCUAAUGGAGGAAAGGCAGCUCUGGAGAUGCCUGCUGGGGCACCACCAAUCUGGCUCCCUUAAAGACAAGGGGACGUGAAGGACCUUGCUGCUCCCAGACUUUUUAUUCUCCUUGUCUUGAGCUUCAUUUCUACAGCCUCCGAAGCUGAACCUUCUCUCCUUCCCAGCUCCCCUGGCUGGCCUGUUUCCCAACCACCACCCUGCACCCCAGUUUCCCCAGUUUCCUUUGUUGCUCGGGUUCCAAUCCUGGUACCCUGGUUCCUGGCCCUGCCAGGGUUCUGGUUCCGGAAGGCCCUUGCCAGGUGCCUCAGGCCUCACUCCCACCUGGGCGCAACGCGGCGCUGAAGACAUGGGCGUGAGCGUCCCCCCGUGCCUGGGGCAGCUGGACAUCCGCAAAACUGUGGUGGGCCUGGCCAUGGGCGCCGGGGCCAUCUACCUGCUCUACAAGGCCAUCAGGGCUGGCAUAAAAUGCCAGCCGCCCCUCUGCAGCAACUCGCCCAUCUGUAUCGCCCGUGAGUGUUCGGGCCCUGGGGAGAGGGCUCUGCCCCAGGAGGCACCCGCUCCCGAGGCCUCCAGUGUGGGAGGGCCCAAAGGCCUGGCAAUCGAACGAGAACGGCAUGGGCGGGACUCAGGUGAGCUCCGGAGGCUUCUCAACUCUUUGGAGUGCAAACAGGAUGAGUACGCCAAGAGCAUGAUCCUGCACAGUAUCACGCGCUGUGUGUACUUGCUGGAGGCCGAGGCCUCUGCUUGUUCUACUGAUGACAUCGUGUUGGUGGGCUCCAUGCUGGAUGACAAGGACAACAGUGUCAAAAUCCAAGCUCUGAACACACUUAAAGCUUUCUCUGGCAUCAGAAAAUUCAGGCUCAAAAUCCAGGAACACUCCAUCAAGGUACUGGAACUGAUCUCCACCAUCUGGGACUCAGAGCUGCACGUCGCAGGCCUCAGACUCCUCAACAACCUUCCACUGCCUGACUUUGUGCAUCCACAGCUGCGACGGGUGAUGCCUGCCUUGAUGGAGAUCCUGCAGUCAGACUAUAUUCUGGCACAGGUGCAAGCUGCGCGGUUGCUGAGCUACCUAGCACAGAAGAAUGACCUUCUGUAUGAUCUUCUCAACUGCCAGGUGCACUCCAACUUCCUGAACCUGUUCCAGUCCACACAGCCGGGGGGUCUGCUGUUCGAGGUACUGGUGUUUGCCGAGCGGCUGAGUGAGGGCCAGAAUUCACCCCACUACCGUGCCGUGAAAUGGCAUUACAAUGAACAGUCUCUGCAUGAAGCUCUCUUUGGGGAUGAGUCACGACUGGCAGACCGGCUGCUCACCCUGGUCAUCCACCCUGAGGAGGAGGUUCAGAUUCAGGCCUGCAAGGUCAUAGUCAGUCUGCAGUGCCCCCAGGACGUGGGAGUCCGGCCCUCCUCCUGCCAGCCCAGUCAUUCCUACUUUAAUAAUGGGGAAUAAAAUUAAAAUGAGCCAAUAAAUGAGUAUGGGAGAGAA